AUGUUCUUCUUAAUAGGGGUGGUGGCGAUCUUGUGGUCAAUUGAGACGGUAGCAGUACAGAAUGCUUCGUUCUCAGGGGCUCAAGGUGUUAUCUACUCACCCGGCUAUCCUGAUGACUACGGUAAUCAACUGAAUCAGUACUACAUAAUCACGGUGGAUCCCGGAUAUUUCAUUCAUCUAACGCUGUACGAUUUUGAGACGGAAGCUUGCUGUGAUAAGUUGUAUAUUUGGAAUGGAGCGGAUACUUCAGCAGCAACGAUUGCCAAUGUGUCUGGAGAUGCUACCGGGAUGACGUUUAGCUCAUCUGGUAAUGUAAUGACAUUGUUAUUCAGUACCGAUAUCACUGGGCAGGAGCGUGGAUUUGCUAUUCAUUACGAAAUGGUUCAGAAAGACACACAGUACUCGGAACCAAGCACAUGCCAAUCUGGACUAUUCACAUCUGGACUUGGGUUUGUGACUUCACCCAGUUGGCCGUCCAAUUACCCCAACGAUAUCACUUGCAACUACCUGAUGACAAUGCCUAAAGGCAGCAGAGUAAUGCUGACGUUCGUGGCGUUCUCGACAGAAGCAUGUUGCGACAAAGUCGAAAUUUACGAUGGGCCAAAUGCAACGUACCCGAAACUGGCUAUACUUUCCGGAAAUUCGGUGUCCAAUACGACAUACUAUUCAACUCAGCAAAGCCUAUUUCUCACGUUCUACUCUGAUUAUACUCAAAACGACAAAGGAUUCAGUGCCUACUACAAACAAGUCUAG